UUCCUUCAAUUUCAGUCUUAUUGACGUUUGUAAAAUUGUGAUGUAGUAUUUCAAUUGUUUUGUUUUUCGUGUGUAAAUAAUUAGCUUGUAACUAUAAUAGACUGAAACUAUUCUCGUGGUAUAUUAACUUGUUUGUAAUGUUCUUAUAUAUCGCAGAGUAAAGAAAUAAGCAAUGACGGAUUUUACACCAUUCUAUGUUGACCGAGCUAAAGGAGGACGAGCAUCAUGUAAAAUAUGCAAAGGAAAUUGUCAAAGCGGAGAACUGCGUAUGGCCAAGAUAAUUGCGAGUCCAUACGGUGAAAAUCAACAAAUGAAAUCAUGGCACCACGUCGAUUGCUUUAUGACGGCGCUGUUAAAACAACGUCCAACCACCAAACGUAUAGACUCCAUCGACGACAUUGGGAACUGGGACAGUUUGACCAAAGAAGACCAACAGUUUUUAAUAAAAAAAAUAAAUGAAAUGGAAAAACUUUAUGCAGAGAAAAACAGUGGCAAAUAUACAGCUAAAGUGAUAAAUAAUGAGUCAAAAGUACCUCAAAGUAGUCCAGAUACAACUGAUAUGACUAGUACAAAAACAUUACAAGUAAAGGAUAUUAAAAAUGAUGAUAAUAUGUUCAUAGCAUUCUUUAAUUUGUGUAAGAAAAUAUCUAGAGUAGAUGCAUACACAGAGAAAACUGCAGUUGUUAAUAACUUUUUUCGCAAAGGCACAGACAAUAAUUCAUUUAAGGGUGAUUUAUUGCUGUGGUGUAAAUUAUUAUUACCACAGGUUACUAAAAGAGUUUAUAAUUUAAAAAGUAAACAGAUAAUCAAAUUAUUCUCUAGAAUUUUUAGUACAGAUCACUAUGACAUGCUUACAGAUCUUGAACAAGGCGAUGUAGCACAGACUAUUCAUUUUUUUAUGAAUGCUAAGUCCGUUCAACCUGCCAAUGAGAGUACAUUAACAGUACACGACGUUGAGAAUUUCCUUGAAGAUCUAUCCAAAUUGACAAAAGAGGAAGAACAAAUAUAUCAUUUUAAAAAAAUUGUUAAAAAGUGUACUAAAGAUGAUAUACUCAUGUUGAUUCGACUUAUUAAAGGGGACUUGCGUAUAAAUGCAGGCCCUAAACAUAUACUAGAAGGUGUACAUCCAGAUGCUUACAGUGCUUUUCAGACAUCUAGGGAUCUAGAUAUGGUCUUAGACAGAGUUCUAUCAAACGGUACUGGUGUAAAACACAAAGACUCAUCUCAUGAUAAUGUGCAGGCAAAAAUAGUUCUUAUGACUCCUGUUCUUCCGAUGUUAGCUGAGGCAUGUAAAUCUGUUGAAAUGGCAAUGAAAAAAUGUCCAAACGGAAUGUUUUCUGAAAUUAAAUAUGAUGGGGAAAGAGUUCAAGUCCAUAAAAAAGGGAAUGAGUUUAAAUAUUUCUCAAGAGCUUUAAAACCUGUUAUGCCACAUAAAGUUAGUCACUUUAAGGAUUAUUUGCCUCAGGCAUUCCCUAAAGGUGAGGAUCUAAUAUUAGAUGCUGAGGUUUUAAUGGUUGAUACAAAUACAGGCAAACCUUUACCAUUUGGUACACUAGGUAUUCAUAAGCAGUCAAAAUUUAAAGAUGCACAGGUGUGUUUGUUUGUGUUUGACUGCUUGUACUACAAUGAUAAGGUCCUUAUAGAUUUGCCUAUACGAAAAAGAAGACAGUUCUUACUUGAUAAUAUGGUUGAAGUCAAAAACCAUGUUAUGUUUUCUGAACAGCAGCAUAUUGAGAAACCAGCUGAUUUAGCAAAAAUGAUUGCAGAGGUGUUGCAACUAGGAUUAGAAGGUCUGGUUUUAAAGGACCUGGAGUCCACAUAUGUGCCUGGUAAACGUCAUUGGUUGAAAGUAAAAAAAGAUUAUUUGUUUGAUGGAGCUAUGGCAGACACGGCUGACCUUGUUGUUCUCGGAGCUUGGUUUGGUUCUGGUAAAAAAGGCGGUAUGAUGUCAGUAUUUCUGAUGGGAUGCCUCAACGAACUACGCGAUCAAUGGGUAACUGUGACGAAAGUGCAUACUGGUCACGAUGAUAUCACUUUAGAGAGACUUCAAGGGGAAUUAGAGUCCCUCAUGUUGAAAAUAUCCCAAGAUUAUACAAAACUACCUUCGUGGCUGGAUUGUAAUAAAGGAAUGAUUCCAGACUUUGUGGCGAAAGAUCCAAAAAAACAGCCUGUGUGGGAAAUCACUGGCACAGAAUUCACUAAAGCGAACAUACAUACAGCAGAUGGCAUUUCAAUUAGAUUUCCAAGAGUGACUAGGAUACGUACGGAUAAAAAUUGGAAAACAGCUACAAACUUGGAAGAACUGAAGAAAUUGUAUAAAACAUCAAAAGAAAAAACAGAUGUAAGCCUCUUGGAUAAACUGGCUGCCACUGCGUCACAGAGUUCUUCGCCAGUUAAAAAUAAAUUGAAAGGCAGUCCACAAGUUAAUAAAAUAGACAAUUUUCUCAAAAGACCAUUAAAUACAAUAUCACCAGUGAAAAAGAAAAUAAACGAAGAUGAUUCUGAUACUACCAUUAUUAUGUCAGAAAAAAGUGAAUCUAGUUUCGAGGAUACUGAAUGUGCAACAUCAAGUACUACAAAUAAUAUACAUAAAAAGAAAAUGAAACAAAGUAAUAUGGAUAGCUUACUAAAUAGAGAGCGAGACUCGAUACCAACGCCGAAAAAGAAAAAAAGAAAAUUGAAUUCACCUGAAUCAUCAGAGAAGAGUGAAAAUAAUGCAGGCUUUGAUGAAGUUGAUAGUAAAAAAGAGAAAAAAAUACAACUGUUACCUAAGGAUCCUUUGCCGGAUGUAUUUAAAGAUAAAAGAUUAGGUUUUUAUCCGGAUUUCAUUAGUUUUCAAGAGGAGGAAAGAAAGCAUUUCGAGAGACAUUGGAUAGCAUAUGGCGGUAUUGUGGACAAGUCAAUACGCAGUAUGAAUGCUGAUUUUGUCGUUCAUAAAAAUGACGAGAUAAGUUUUAGAAAGAUGCAGAAAUUAAAAAGAAGUUUACCAGAUCAUGUUAGGCAUGUCAAUAAAAAUUGGCUGAUAAAAUGUAUUAAUUACGUGAAAUUAUGUGACGUUGUUAACGAUCCAGUUUUUGUUAUACCGUGAAUGGUUAAAUUUUUAUACUUAUAAAAAGUAUUAUUGUAUGUAUUGAUAUUAUUGUUUUAUAUUUAAAGCUAUGCGAUUUCGAAUAAAUAUUACUUAUGUAUGUCAAUAAAGUAUAAAACAGAUUUUUCUUGUUUAUGUUACUGAAUUGAUUUCAGUUGUUGACAUGUUUACGUCCGUCAUUUUUUUUUAAGUCGCUAUAUGUGUGUAUUGUUUACUUAAAAUGAAUCUGUGUUAAUUCUCAAAUUUAAAUAAUAUGAUCUAAACAUUAGUUAAGUAUUAUAUUUUUGUGUUAUCUUACCUCUAACUGAUAUUAUAAAUGUGAAAAUUUGUUGUUUAAAUAUUUGUUAUUUAAUUACACUUAAAUGGCUAAACCGAUUUAAAUGGAAUUUGACACAGAACUUUUGUUUAAACUUUUCAAUGUGUUAAUUCUAAUUCCUAUGAACGUAGCUCAGAGUGUCAGCUAGUUUUUAGUUGAAGCUGAACCGUCAAGACUAAAUCUAUUGAUAUAACGCAUCAAUUUUUUAAAUCGUAUAUAUUACCUAUGAGGUAAUGUAAAUCAUUAAUAUAAGUUCCUAGGAAUUGUUACUAAUCUCAAAAUUGUGUGAUAAAAGUGAUUUGUAAAUGAGAUAAAAAAGAAAUAUUUUAUAGUAAAUAUGAAGUAACAUAUUGCAAGAACAAUAUUGAAUUGUUAAAUUCAUUAAAAAUAAUGUGCUU